AUGAGCGACGAAUACGGUGGGGGUGGAAAAAGGCAGCAGCACUCGUACGGGUUCUUCCGCUUCCGGGGGACAGGAGUGUGGAUCCUUAACCAGCCUUCUUCCCAUGUUUUUGCUGUCGACGGCAGAACGCCCUUCGGCCUCUACGAAAUCAUGGUUACACUCUAUGUGCUUGACAUUGGCACAAAUGCGCGCACAAGGAUGAACGCUUUGAAGGCAAGUUCCAACACCGGGAACAUAAGAGCCGAUGUCGAGAUACAGAUUUUCGCUUCCAAUAAGACCUCCGUCCUAUUGUCAUUUAUUGGAGUAUUGGAUGUAUACGAUUCUUCCGCCUUUGACAUGGCCCGCUCCUCGCACGGAUGGCAUACCGCCGUGCUGCAUGCCUGGCGCUCAUCGCAAGCGUCAGUUUGCCCUGCGCGCCACUGGAUCGCCCGUAAUUCCCGCGGAAUGGGAUGGAUGGUCCCGCGGAUGAUCCACAGGCCCCAAGUAAUAGUAACAAAAGGGAGAACAAUGCAGUGGCACCGCCGUCAAUCCAGUCAUCUUGAUCGCACGUACGGGCCAAUCAGCCUCAUGAAGACGGUGAUCAAGUGGAGCCGCUUGAAGCUUGAGAGACUGGAACCAUCGGCUCAGCCGCUCAGGAAAAAGUUUAAAUCAAAUGGAGAAUUGAUGGUCCAUUGA